ACCAUCUUUGCUCUUCGCAGAAGGGCACAGUGCGGCCGAAUAGCGUAAGGAGUGGACUCCUUGCUAUACGUUUCGAUCAAUCUUUCUCCCGAUUUUACUGCAGGCAUGCUGUCGAGACUUGUACUCGCUUCAGGUUCUGCACUGAAAAACAGUGGUUCCUUUGGAGCUUGUAUGGUCCAGGCCUCUCGGUCCCUGCAUUCGUCCCCCCAGAGCCUCGCCCCUGUGCCCCCUCUGCCAGAGAAAGGGGGGAAAAUCCGCCAUGGCAUCUUCCCAGAGGAGCUUUUCACACUGCUGUACCCAAAGACUGGUGUUACAGGGCCUUACAUGUUGGGCACUGGUCUAGCGCUGUACCUGCUCUCUAAGGAAAUCUACAUCAUCAACCACGAGACCAUCGCUGCUGCCUCCAUUGGUGCAGUAAUUAUCUAUGGCGUGAAGAAGUAUGGUUCCCAAGUGGCAGCUUUUAUUGACAAACUGAAUGAGGAGAAAGUGGCUAAAGUCCAGGAGGUGAAGGAACUGUCCAUGUCCAGCCUGGCUCAAGCCAUCGAGAAUGAGAAGAAGGAGCAAUGGAGAGUGGAAGGCCGACACAUGCUCUUCGAUGCCAAGAGGAACAAUGUGGCCAUGCUGCUAGAGACCAACUACAGAGAGCGACUACAUAUGGUCACCAACGAGGUGAAGAAGAGGCUGGACUACCAGGUGCAGCUGCAGAAUCUGCAGCGGCGCAUGGAGCAGGAGCACAUGGUCAGCUGGGUGGAGCAGAAUGUCAUCAAGAGCAUAACGCUGCAGCAGGAGAAGGAAAGCAUUGCCAAGUGCAUUGCAGAUCUGAAACUGCUGGCUAAAGCCACCCAGGCCAGAACCACGGUGUAAGUCCCCAAUGAAGGACCAUCACCCAGACCCAGACCCUACCCACAAUGCAGCCAACUGCAUUAUUAUGAAACUGUUUCCUCAUAUCAAUGUUCUGACUGUGUGGUCAAGUGUACAUACACCUACGAAUAAAAUAUUUGGUUAUUCA